CAGCGCUUUUGAAGAAACAGAUGCAGGCAGGCGGAGAGAUGUACUUUUGCUGGCGCGCGGGUUCUGGUGCGCUGGGGCACAGCAGAGUCGGGGGCCCAAUCCGCCAGAAUCUGCUGCAGGCGGCCAGCGGGGAGCGCCACUAUCUGCUGCUGCACAGCGACGGCUCCAUCUCCGCGUGCGGGGACAACAGUCAGGGCCAGCUGGGCCAGAAGGGUGUGCAGUCCAGGAAGCAGCCGGCACCAAUUCAGGCAUUUGAAACUCUAUGUAUUGGUUUUGUGAGCUGUGGAAAGGAACACUCUCUGGCUGUCUGUCAAAAAGGAAGGGUCUUUGCAUGGGGAGCUGGUUCCGAAGGUCAGCUUGGGACUGGAGAAUAUAAGGAAAUAAGCUUUAUACCUAUGAAGGUAAAAUUUCUCACUGAUAUAAAAAUAAUACAGGUUUCCUGUGGACAUCACCACUCCCUGGCAUUAUCAGAAGAUGGUCAAGUGUUUUCAUGGGGAAACAACAAAUAUGGGCAGCUGGGCCUGAAGAUGGAUCUCCCCUCCCAAGCUACCCCACAAAGGGUGAGAUCCCUCCUGGGGAUCCCUGUUACUCAGGUAGCUGCAGGAGGGAACCACAGUUUUGCCCUCUCUCUCUCCGGCACUUCAUUUGGCUGGGGAUGGAACAAUGCAGGGCAACUGAGCCUCAGCGGGAAUGAAACCCCAGCAGAUCAAAGCCCCAAGCCUGUUUUGAUUGGUGCACUGAGGAAUCUCUGUGUGACUUACAUCAGCUGUGGCUAUGAGCACACUGCUGUGCUGACUGAGAAGAGGAGAGUGUUCACAUUUGGAGACAAUAGCUAUGGACAGCUAGGCCACAGCUCCACUGAGGUGAAGAAAGGCCCACAACCUGUGGAAGGAAUUGAUGGCCUUGUUUCUCAGAUCGAUUGUGGAAGUUAUCACACCCUUGCAUAUGUCUACACCACUGGCCAAGUAGUAUCUUUUGGUCGUGGACCAAAUUGCACAAGGAAACCAACUGGCCCAGAGGCCUCAACAGAAAACUCUGCCAUCGGCUGCCUGAUUUCUCCUCAGGAUCUUGCGGGUGGUCAAGUCAAACACAUUUUUGCUGGAACAUAUGCCAACUUUGUGACAGCUCAUCAGAAAAGUUCCACAGAUGUUUCCAAGAAAACCCUGCCAAAAAUAAGCCGAAUUAACCAGUCUCUGAUAGAAAAAUGGCUGGCGGUGAGAAAAAAAGCUGAACGAAAAGAGGCUGAGAGUGAAAUUAGAACAAUAUUUUCAUCUGCUGCUUGUCUGACUGCAAGUUUUUUAAAGAAAAGAGGGUCUAGAGAAAUGCUUUCCAGUGAUGUGGACUUGGAAAUGGCAAGAGAUACCUUCGAGAAUUUAACAAAAAAGAAAUGGAUUUCUUCCCUGUCCAAGGCAAAGAAGCAAGAGCUGCUGCUUCGAAUGUCUGGCUGCUCCGUGUACCUCCCUCAGAUAACUACAUGUCUCAGUGAAAAUCUGCUAAGAGAUCUUCCAUGUUGUUCUCCACACAAAGAAGCAUUAUCAGUUUUCCUUAUGCUCCCAGAAUGUCCUGUGAUGCAUGAUUCUAGUAACUGGAAGAAACUGGUGGUGCCAUUUGCAGAGGCUGUUUGUAAAAUGAGCAAAAAAUCUUCGUCAGUCAUAAAUCAAUGUUGGGCAUCUUUGCAAGCCUCUUGUCUCAACACAUUGGUUCAAAUGCUUAAAACUGCCAUCGCCACUCUGCUGGAAAACUGGACUGACGACCAGGAGUGUCACAGUGAUGCUAAAACUCUGCUGGGAGUGAUGAAACAGGUGUAUAAGGUAAACAACAAAGCGAAAUGUCCACUACCAGAAAAUGCUUUUCACAUAAAUGAACUUUCAAACCUUUUGGACUUCUCACAAGAUAGAAGAAGAUUGUAUUUUAAAGAUAAACUGACACUUGGAACAAACUUAAGACCCACUGUUUUCUGCGAUUUUCCAUUUAUCUUUGAUUUGCUAUCCAAAAUUAAGUUGUUAGAAGCUGAUUUCCAGUUAAGGCAAAUGAUAUCAGCUACAGGAUCAUUCAUUGAAUUAAUAAAACAGGAUCUCUUGGGAAGCUUUCUACCACCCAUUUGUAUUCUUAAAGUCAGACGUAAUCACCUAGUUGAAGAUACUCUGCGCCAGUUGAACCAAUUUGAAGAUACUGACCUCUGCAAACAAUUAGUGAUUGAAUUUGUUGAAGAAAUUGUUUCCCCGGGUGAAGGAGUAAAAUCCGAGUUCUUCCAUUGUAUAUUUGAAGAGAUGACCAAGGUAGAAUACGGAAUGUUCAUAUAUCCUGAAGAUGGUUCCUACAUGUGGUUUCCUGUUAAUGUAAAUGCUGAAUUCAAGAAGAGAUAUUAUCUCUUUGGAAAACUGUGUGGAAUUUCCCUACUCCAUUUAAAUGUUGCCAAUAUCCCUUUCCCACUGGCUCUGUUUAAGAAACUUUUGGGUCUGGAUCCAUCAUUGGAAGACUUAAAAGAACUAAGUCCUCUUUUGGGAAAGAGUCUGCAAGAAAUUCUAAAUUAUGAAGCUGAUGACCUUGAAGAACAAUUUCAGAUAUUUUUUUCUCUACAUUGGGACCAAAAUGAUGUGGAUUUAAUUCCAAAUGGAAUCUCUAUACCUGUGGAUCAAACCAACAAGAAUGACUAUAUUUCUAAGUGUAUCGAUUACAUUUUCAACACUUCUGUAAAGGCAAUUUAUGAUGAAUUUCAGAGAGGAUUUUAUAAAGUCUGUCACAAGGACAUUCUUAGUUUCUUUCAGCCUGAUGAACUAAUGACAACAAUGAUUGGAAAUACUGACUUUGACUGGGAACAAUUUGAAAAGAAUUCAGCUUAUUGCGAUGGGUACUACAAAUCACAUCCUACUAUACAGAUGUUUUGGAAAGCUUUCCAUGAAUUAACUUUGGAAGAAAAGAGGAAAUUCUUCUUUUUUCUUACAGGAAAUGAUAGGCUACAUUUAAGAGGUGUAAAGGAGAUGAGAAUCACAAUUCGCUGUCCUGAAACUUUGAGUGAAGAAGAUCACCCAAAAUCAUUGACAUGUUAUAGUAUUCUGGACUUACCUAAAUAUUCUACCAUGAAAAAAAUGAAGAAUGCACUUCAAGUCAUCACCAGUAUGAGCAGAGGAUUCCAGUUAAAAUAGAGAAUGCUGUGAGGCCUCACUAAUGUCCUCUCACUCUGGAUUCUUUUAUUCUUCUUUAGAUUUAAGAGUACCAACAUUCAAUGGAUUUAGUGAGAACUAAUUGAUAAAGCUGGAUAAAAAAAUGAAGUAAUGAGUGAGUCACUCAAUCAUUAAUGAGUCAACAUUUCCUAAUCCCUAACUUACAAUUAGAUUACUUGCCAUUACUCGAUCUUUUUUCUGACUAAUAAUUAUCAUUUAAAAAUAAACGAAAUAACAGAGAGAUGAAAUUACUGCCAUUGCAUAUCAAGGAUAGGCCUAGAGUGUAUUAUGCUACAUGAAACAAGUCAGAUGGAGAAAGACCAUUAACAGUAUGAUUGCAUUUAUCUAUACAAUAUGACAAAACAAGUAAAUAAAAUAAAACAAAAUUAAACUUUUAGAUACCAAAAAACAGAUUAGUGGUACAGAACAGGGAGGGGAUCGGCAGGUUGGAUGAAUGAAUACAGGGUAUCAAGCGAAUGGUGCUGGAUGGAAACUAGAUUUUAGGUGAUGAUCAUGAUGUAAUAUAUCCAGAUGUUGAAUUAUAAAGCUGUACACCUGAAACAUAUAUUUUAUAAGUCAACAUUACCUUUAUAAAUAUCUAUAUAUGUACUGCCAA